AUGGUUGGCCAAAUCACCUACACCGAGGAAGAAAUCAUAUUCAUCCUCAACCACAGUCUCUCCAAGGGCAAGAAUCAGACAGACACCUUGCGCGAGUACGAGCAGCGAUUCAGCAAGACCCUCACCAUGGCUCAACUGAAAUACGUCAGAGCCAAAUAUGGCCAUGAUCCUGAAUUCGGCACGGCAAUGAUCAAUGGACAGGUCCCGGACAAUGGCGGUAAUAGAAAGACUGCGGUUCCAUCUCCAUGGCAGGAAGCAAUGGCUACGCCAGUCCAGUACGAAAACGAUCAAAACAAUCAAACAUUCACAUCUUCUACGAACGAGGAUGAUUCAAGCUUAGAGAAUCACAUGUUGCAGGCCCUGGCAAGCUAUGUGUACGAUUCUCCCUCAGAGACUCCUGAGAACCUGGCUUUGUCCUCCGAGAAGGUACAGCAGCAGGAUGAGCAAGCGCGUAUCGACGCAGAGGAGUAUGCUGCUGCACACGAAAAGAUUCUGCAGAUGUUCCAGGAGCAUCCCGACCGCCCGUAUGGUGUACAGCCUGUUCAGCAGUACUACGAGCAAAUGUUAUUCCCUUCUACAGUGCAGAAGAGAAAGCGGAAUGAGCUUGAGGAAGCGAGUGAACAACCGAUCACAGCCCCAGAUUCACGUUCAUCUCUUUCAGUACUUGAGAUACCUCAUGAGAGCAUUCCGAAGCGUCUGAAGACCCAGCUGCGGGAGACAUCCUCUCAGAAUGCCCCCGCUCAAUAUUCAUCCCCGAUCCCGAACAACAACGCAUCCCAUACGGUGGGACAUGGUGAUGAAGCGCUGAGCCUACUCAACGUUGAUCUUCCCGAAGUCCCCGGAACCCCCGAUAAUCUGGAAAUGGGCGCAGAUUAUGUGCAUGCAGAGAGAGAUCACAGUGUGUCACCCCUGACAAAGCUUCUCAAUAGCAUCGACAAUGAGUAUGCUCAAGGAACAACGACUGACAGCUCGGUUUUCACACAGCUCAAUCAUCAGAUGGACCCAUCUGGACAUAACGUCGUCAACUUCGAGAAUGACAUGUUUCAGGAACCAAAUCUUGCAGCUGCUCCCUUGUGGACAGAGGCGAACUCAACGAUGUUUUCUGCGAACACCAGCCUCAACUUCUCCCACCUCAUGCCACAUGCGCCAUGGGAAGCGCCUUACAACGAGGAAGAAAGCAACUUCUGGGGCACCCAAUCAGACAAUUGGCAAAGUGCGACUGGCUAUGAUACUGCGCUGGGUUUUGACUUCGAUCCGCUCGUUCCACAGUACCCCCAAGCCUCUGCACCUUAUGCCUACGCUGGGAUGAUGGCCAGCGCCGGCGAAACAUACCAUGGCUCGGAAGCCUUCACUUCUAUGCAGCAACAAGCCGAAGGCCAGAACGCCGCCGGUUUCUCUGGCGAUAUCAGCAUCGACUGGAACAACGUGAGCAAAGCCGAUUGGGAAGAACUUUUCAUGUCCAGUGCAGAGCCACAGGGACAUGCCGACUAUUCUCAGCAGUUCUUUGGUCCUCUCGAGUAG